AUGUCUCUUAGCCUCGAUUCCAACUUACCACACGAUCCUAUCCAGUUGUCGACCCAUAAGCAAAGUAUUGACAUUGGUUUAUGCACACAAGAAUUGACUAAUCAGUCAGUCGUCUCAACACCAGGGACAGUUAUUCAAGAUAAGAGAUCUUCCAACGACGGAACCUUUGAGAUAUCAAUGGAAGCAUUAACCAUAGCGAUUAGCACCAAGUGCCAUUCAAAAAGACACAGCUAUCCCAUAUCGCAAACAACUUACUCCCAAUACUCCAACAAGCAUCGGAGAAAACGUUCGCAGGAGAAAGCAUUAGACGAUGUCAAGGGAAGAAACGUUGCAGAAAGGAGGUCAUCCAUGAUAUCAUCAUCAAGCACGUCCACCAUUCAGCCACCCAUUAAACAAACCAACAAAACUCCGAUGGAAAUAUGGCAAAAAUCUUUGACAACAUCGACAACACACACCUUCUCCUCAGAUAAAUCCAAUUCGUCGCAAGCAGAACAAUCGACAAUCCUAGACCUUUAUUCUGUCCAUCUUAUCACACUAUUUCUGCUCGGUCUUUUGACUUCAUUUAUUGUCAAUCAUCUGCUUGAACAGAAUCAUGUCACCGAAUAUCCGGAGAACCUUGUCAAGUUGAAUGACACUGUUACAUUGAUACCGCCCAUACAUGGUGUUUUAGCAGUCUUGGUUGGGUGGUUGUUUCCGUUUACCGACUACUGGUAUUUGAAACAUUCACACAAGCCCCAAAGAGAAUGGAGCGAUGUUAUGAGAUGCAUUGGUGGAUUCAUCGGCGUAGCGUAUACGGCUGCGAAACUUCCAUACAAUAACUGCCAAGUAUCCAUAAUGUUCGUAUUGGCAUCGAUUGCGUUGUGGUUCGUAUUCGAUCGAACAUGUCAUGGCCUGGUUUUGUCUGCGAUGUUUUCAUCGAUAGGGACAGUCUCUGUGUUUUAUGAGUAA